AUGGAGGGAAUCAAACAGGUCUUCGCAACAUGCAAAGCCGAAGGCCGCGCAGCCUUAGUCACAUAUGUGACUGCAGGGUUUCCUUCAAUCGAAGAGACGCCUGAGAUUAUGCUGGCCAUGCAGGCGGGUGGCGCAGACAUCAUCGAACUCGGAAUCCCAUUCACAGACCCCCUCACAGAUGGACCGACCAUCCAGAAAUCAAACGCCCAAGCUUUAGCAAACGGUACUCGAAUCCCGACAAUUCUGCAGAUCGUGCGAUGUGCGCGUGCAUCGGGACUCACUGCCCCCGUUCUACUGAUGGGAUACUACAACCCCGUCCGCGCAUACGGAGAAGACAAAAUGCUGAAGGACUGCCGUGCCGCCGGUAUCAAUGGAUUCAUCAUCGUCGAUCUACCGCCCGAGGAAGCUAUUCGGUUUAGAAAUUCGUGCAAGACGGAAGGAUUAUCAUACAUUCCCCUCGUCGCACCAUCCACAGCCGACAGCCGCAUGGAGAUGCUCUGCAGUAUCGCCGACUCCUUCGUAUACGUCGCCUCCAGAAUGGGCGUCACCGGUGUAUCCCAAGCGCUGGAUACUGGACUCGAUAAUCUUCUUGCUCGCGUGGACCGCUACACGAUGGGCUCGGUACCAGCUGCGGUAGGGUUCGGAGUCAGCACGCGCGAGCACUUUGUGGACAUCGCCCGGAUUGCACAAGGUGUUAUCAUCGGCAGUAAGAUUAUCAACAUUUUGGCAGACGCACCUGCGAGUACUGGUGCCGAGAAGAUCAAGGAGUACUGUCUCCACGUCUCUGAGCCGAGAUACCCCUACUACCCUGAGGCACUUUCAUUGAACAAACACACUCGCUUCGGCCAGUUCGGCGGCCAAUAUGUCCCCGAAGCCCUGAUUGAAUGCCUCGCGGAGCUCGAAAACGGAUUCAACGCCGCAUCCGCCGACCCCACGUUUUGGGAAGAAAUCCGCUCCUACGCAUCGUACACCAACCGGCCAUCCUCCCUCCACCAAGCGAACCGUCUAUCGGAAUACGCUGGCGGCGCCCGCAUCUGGUUGAAACGUGAAGACCUGAACCACACCGGCAGCCACAAGGUCAACAACGCUCUGGGACAAAUCCUCCUAGCACGACGACUGGGAAAAACGUCUAUCAUUGCCGAGACAGGUGCAGGCCAGCACGGUGUAGCGACCGCAACGCUAUGCGCACUGCUGGGUCUAAAAUGCACGAUCUUCAUGGGCGCCGAGGAUGUCGAACGCCAGGCACUGAAUGUUUUCCGAAUCAGGCUCCUCGGUGCAACAGUUGUCCCUGUACCAGGUGCACAUGCCGGAGAAGGAGGUACUCUCCGAGACGCAGUGAAUCAAGCCUUCAGGACCUGGGUGACAGACCUCAAGACAACGCAUUUCGUCAUCGGAUCCGCUUUCGGCCCUCAUCCAUACCCGACCAUCGUGCGAAAGUUCCAAUCUGUCAUCGGCGAAGAAACCCGCUCACAAUUCCAGCAAGAGAUGAAUGGAAAACUUCCCGACGCAGUAGUCGCAUGCGUGGGAGGCGGAUCCAACGCAACAGGGAUGUUUUACCCAUUCGUCAGAGACACCUCCGUGAAGCUGGUCGGCGUCGAAGCAGGCGGCGACGGAUCCUCAAACGGUCGACACGCCGCGACUCUCGCGCGAGGCUCAGUGGGCGUUUUACAUGGUGUCAGAACAUAUGUCUUGCAAGAUGAGGACGGUCAAAUUCUUCCCACGCACUCUGUUUCCGCCGGGCUAGAUUAUCCGGGCGUUGGACCGGAGCUUUCUAGUUGGAAAGAGUCUGGUCGGGCAAGUUUCAUUGCUGCUAAUGACAAUGAUGCCUUGGUUGGGUUCCGGCUUUUGAGCGAGUUGGAGGGAAUCAUUCCUGCUCUUGAGAGUGCGCAUGCUAUUGCCGGUGCUGUGAAGGUGGCAAAAGAGCUUGGGCCUGAGAAGGAGGUUGUUAUUUGUCUUAGUGGACGGGGUGAUAAGGAUGUGCAGCAGGUUGCGAAGAUGAUUCCGGGUCUGAUGCCUGAUAUCGAGUAG